AGAUAAAAAAAUAAGUGUUAAGCAUGGUGUUAAGCCAUCAAUCUGAUGGCCCUCUUGAUUCGGAACAUUACGGUUAUCGUUUUGCAGUUAGUUCUUAUCUUGUCAUUACUUCUUCAUUUUCUGGGUAUAGUUUUUUUUUUAAUCUAUUUUUAUAGAUCCCUUGAUCCAGUUCACGAUGGAGCCGAAACAGCUGAUGUGCGGUCGUGUGUUCGCCUUACUAUUCUUUCUACCGAUCCCAAUACUAGGCGCUUCAACUAAACCAAUCCCAGAACAGAUGAAAUACAUCGGUAUCUCCUAUGAUAUCAUCAAGGGGAAUCCAGAGGGAAGCGCCAAAAACGGAGGGGUAGAUCCCGGGCUGUUGACGACUCGCCGCGUCCUGAAACUCACCUACGACGACGGGAAGUUGACGAACGAUAACGAGUACCGCGUCCCCGAUGAGGUGGCUUUCAUGCGACGAAGCAGCGCUUUCACGUCCAAGGAGAAGGAUGUCUUCUACGGAACGAAGAGUUACGCCAAGAAACUAUCCCACCAAGUGUCGCUUGAAGUCGGUGUCGAUGCUCUCUUCGCUUCUUUUCAGUUUGGUGCAAGCCACGAAUAUAAGUCGGUGGACAGCGAGGAAAAGACGAAGGGCUAUGUGUACUUUUCUGAGCAAACAAUUGAGAAUUUUGGCGAAAUUCGCUACCGGAUGAGCCUUGUCCCGGACGAUGGCUAUGAACUUAGUCGGGAAUUUUGUCUUUCUGUCUGCAGACUUCCAGUAUCUUACCGGGGUAAUGAGGCUGAUUAUAUGGGAUUCCUCACCAACUGGGGGACGCAUGUUGUAGUACAGGCGACAUUAGGGGCCCGUUCUGGCACGACAUAUCGCGAGGACAAAUCAUCCUUCAUCAGAAACUCAGCAAGAGAAAUGGCCAACAGCUUAAACGUUGCGGGUAGCUACAAGAUCGUUUCCGGGUCGUUUUCUCUGAACAUGGACAAGGCUACAGAAAAUGCAGAGUCACAGGAGAAAUUCGGUAGUAUGCAGAAGACCUAUACAGUAGGAAGCAAAGAAUAUAACGAACCGAUAAGCAUACAGCUCAUCAGAUUGACUGAAGUUUUGGAUGCUAAGUUCUGGACCCAGCAGAGUUCCUACGCAGAGUGCGCCAACUGGCAGAGAGAAGCAAUCCAAGCCAACAUCCUUGAAGCUUUUGGAGAUUACCCACAACACAACGGGGUCACCGCCUCGACAGACAUUCCCAUGAGUGUGAGGCUAACAUGGCCGAGCGGAAAGUACGCGCUUCCACAGGCAGCACUCCUCGACCAGUUCUGCCCCCAAACCAGUGACUUCACCUGGGAGGACGGUCUGCUAUAUCAGGUCUCCAAGGGACCCAAUCAGUGCUCUGGCAACAACCAUUUGACCAACUACUGCAACCGUAAAGCAAUCAGUAACCCGGAUGGCAAAAACAUGCGCACCUACUACUGCGUCAAGUCUAUCGCCGAAGCCACACCGAGCAGUCCAUGGGAUUGGAUGCCCGGUGUGUACUGCAUCUUCAAGGUUGGCACUGGAUGCCCCAAUGGAUUCCAGGAAGGUACAAUUAGAUGGAAUGAUGAAUCGCGAGGGAAGGAUCCGGAUUAUAACGUACUGCCUGCUGGGGAAUACUCGCCGGGCACACCUACAGAGGUCAAGUACUGCUGCCGUGAAGAUGGCACUCCCAAGACCCCCAUCAUUCUGCCGACAGACAGCAGCUUUUACCUGAUAAGAUUCCACAGUGAAUGCCAGGAGGUAGUCGACAUGACUGUGACGGCGGAAAAUCUGGAGUGGGCAACCGAGUCUGCUGACCCAGCGGUCUGGCAGGAGGGACAUUAUCCUCGACCCGGGAAUACGGGCCAGAAUGUCAUGAUCCACUACUGCUUCUACCAACCAAAGGCGCCUGCCAAGAGAGAGUUCGGCAACUUGGCGGGAGCUGAAGACGAGGGCCACAUGAAGAAAGAACUGCAAGAGGUCCGAGAGCUCGUCGACCAGCUGGAACACCAGCUCGAUUACGGCAAGAGAGCUGAAGGAGGGAACGAAGAUGGUGGCGGGGUGGAGCAGAAUGAGGACGAAGAGAAGAAAUAUCAGGAUGUGGGUGACCCGAGAGACCUUGAGCUGCUUCAGCAGCAGAAUAAGCAGGAGGAAGACGAGGAACGGGAACUGCUCAUGGGACUGCUGUUGAAGGAAUUAUCCGAAUUGAAAUAAAAACUAUGCGGUUAUUUCAUUCAGAAAUUUCAUUUGCUGGUAUUCAAAUUUUAUAUCGUUAUUUGAAUUGACAUGGAGGCUAUAAUGGGAUACUGGGCUGUCAUUAUUAUGGGAUGUAUUGCCUCGUAAGGAGAUGUGUCGGGUUAAGUACUAGAGGACAAUUAUUAAGGACUGCUGUGCGGUCUGGGAUCAGGGGUCGCGGAACGGUUUUGAAAGUGGGGAUGGGCUAACCAUCCAAAAAAAAAAUCGCGAUCAGAUGAUCAUCUUAUAACGUUUUGGUACACUUAAAAAAAAAAACCAGGGGCUGAAACCCCCUGCUAACUCCCUGUUCCGGGGCCCUUGGGGACGUUGUAGCUUCCAAGGCUACAAUAUCAAACUACAAAAAAAUCAUAUUAUAUUAUAUUAUAUGUAUUUUGUAAACUUUUAAAGUGGGUACAGAUUUAGGUGAGUAUGAAAGUGAACAUAGACUGGCCCGUCAGAGCGGCUACCAUGGCUACGGUUUGUACAUAAUUAAACAAUCAAGACUUGUCAGCUAUCUUUGAAACUUUGUAAUAGAUUUAGAAAAAACAGAUCUUUUCUAGCUAUCUCUCUGUUUGUAUCUUUAUCAAUCUCUCUAUAUUAUGUCCCCAUAGUCCAAAUGUUCCUUUUUUCUCUCAUUCUCUCUUUACCACCCUCUCCUUUCUCUCUCCCCCCCCCCCUCUCUCUCUCUCUCCCUCCCUCUCGCCCCCUCGCCCUUUCUUACAUCAUACAACAUUACAUCAAGUCGCUAGGUUUUUUUAAUGAAGUACUGUAUUUGUAUAUGUUUCAUAUUUGUAAAAGCAAACGUGCCAUUUUGGAGUACCAUUUAAGCAGCGGUCCACUUAUCAUGCUUAUGUUAUUUACUUUGAAAACUGUUGGACUGAUUUAAAUGUCAAGUCCACCCCAGAAAAUUGUUGAUUUGAAUCGAUAGAGAAAAAUCAAACAAACAUGACGCUGCAAAUUUCAUCGAAAUCGGAUGUAAAAUAAGAAAGUUAUGACAUUUUAAAUUUUCGCUUAUUUUUCACAAAACAGUUAAAUGCACAACUCAGCGAUAUGCAAAUGAGAGAGUCAAUGAUAUCCAUCACUGACUUUUUCUUUUGUUUUUUAUUGUUUGAAUAAUGCAAUAUUUCAAUUUUUACAAAUUUGACAAUAAGGACCAACUUAACUUAACCAUAAACUUAACAUAAAUUUAGUUACUGCUUGUUCAGUGAUUGCAUUUAAGAAUAGACUGGAUAAGCAUUGGGAGAAGAUUGCCUAUGAUUUUGAGUGAUUUUCGAUUCUCGUGUGUUCUCAUGGAAUUUUUUUUGCUGUCUACGAUACCCCUGCCACCCCUCCAUGCCAACGUAAGUAGCACACCUAAUUUUGUCUGAAGGAGAGCAGCAAUAGACAUUCUACUUUGAUCGAUGAACAGGCUUAGUCCUACAACAUCGUUGGAGUAAACUAAACUAAACUAAAAGAAAUAGUGAGUGGGUGACGUCAUCAGUCUGCCAAUUUGCAUACCGACCAGGAUGUGCAUAUAACUGUUUUGUGUAAUUAAGCGAAACUUUAAAAUGUCAUAAUUUUCUUAUUUUACAUCCGAUUUUGAUGAUAUUUUCAGUGUUUUGCUUGUUGGAUUUUUCUCCUUUUUUCAAAUCAACUUUUUGUUGGGGUGGACUUGUCCUUUAAUCUGGUAUAAUUAUCUUACAUUUGUAUUUGAAUUUGCUGCCUUUUUCUUGAAUAAAGAGAAUACCAAUA